CCAUGUGACGUUAGCUGCUCCGUUACGCACUGGGAGCAUGUGUGAGCCGUCCGACGGUAGAGGGUUCGUUUUUCUCGCUUUUUAACGAAACCGAAGAAGAAGAAGAAGAAAUGGUAGUUUUAAAACCGAACUACGGCUAGCUUGCUAACGCUACUGUUGUUUUUAUUGGAGAAAGAUGCGCGGAGCUAGCAGAGCUGAACGGAACAAUGUCUGUGGUGAAGCUGGAGGAGUGUCGAGAGCAGAUUCGCACAGAACUGGACAACGUGGUGGACUUCUGGCUCAAAUACUCUCAUGACACUGUACACGGAGGCUUCUUCACUUGUAUCGGGAGGGACGGCAAGGUUUAUGAUGAACUGAAGUACGUGUGGCUGCAGGGUAGACAAGUGUGGAUGUAUUGCCGCCUGUACCGAACCAUGGAUCGCUUCCGCAAGCCUGAAAUCCUUGAGGCAGCAAAAGCUGGAGGAGCAUUCCUGAGAAAGUUUGCUCGUGUCUCCAGCGGUGGCAGUGGCCCGUGGAAGUGUGCCUUCUGCUUAACAAGAGAUGGUAAAGCUGUCAAAAUUCAGAGGACUAUAUUCAGUGAGUGUUUCUACAUCAUGGCCAUGGAUGAACUGAGCAGGGUCACUGGUGACAAGGACAUGCAGCUGGAGGCGGAACAGAUGAUGCAGCAGCUGAUCUACUGGGUCCGGGAGGACUCGUCAGACCUGGGCCGACCCCAGCUUUCUGGAGAUGUUCCCACCAACAGCAUGGCAGUUCCCAUGAUGCUGUUGUGUCUGGUGCAACAGCUAAGUGAAGGUCGGGGGCAGGAGGUGGUUCAGAAGUAUAGAGAGCUGGGCAGCUGGUGUGUACAGCAGACACUACAACACAUCCAGAGAGACGGCACUGCUAUUUUAGAGAAUGUGUCGCUGGAGGGAGCAGAGCUGCCGGGUUGCCAGGGCCGUCUGCAGAACCCAGGCCAUGCCCUGGAAGCAGGCUGGUUCCUGCUUCAGUUCAGUGCAGAACGGGGGGAUGAGGAGCUCCAGAGGACUGCCAUUGAGAAGUUUGUGGAGCUCCCUUAUCAGUACGGCUGGGAUAAAGAGCACGGUGGCCUCUUCUACUUCCUGGAUGUAGACGGUCACUGCCCCACGCAGUUGGAGUGGAGUAUGAAGCUGUGGUGGCCUCACUGUGAGGCUCUAAUCGCCUUCCUGAUGGCCUACAGUCAAACAAAGAGACCAGAGCUUCUGGAGAGAUUCUCUCAAGUCUAUGAAUACAUCUUUAGCCAUUUUCCUGAUGCUAAAAGUGGUGAGUGGUUUGGCUAUUUGACACAAGAAGGCAAAGUAGCACUGGAUUUUAAAGGAGGCCCCUUUAAAGGGUUCUUCCAUGUGCCUCGCUGCCUGUACAUGUGUGAGCGUAUUCUGGAUGAUCUGCUGACAAACAAGGACUGAGCGUUCUGACAUGAAUGUUGUAAUAAUGGGACUAAAUCUGAUUUGAGGGGCUGUCCACUAAAUCACACCAUAAUAAUCAGGUUUUAAAGCAAAGUUGCACUGAUUUGCUGUGAAGUUACUUGUGCCAUGCAGUCACUGAGCGGCUCAUAAAAUUAGUUGUGAAGCUAUAUUACAGCAUUACUACUGUGUAAAACAGUAGUUGCCUUCAUAUACUGGUAUUUUUUGGCCACCAGUGGCAGUCUGUAUAACAUUAAUGUAAGAUACCUUUCUUGCUCAGGCUAUAACAUGUGUUUUUAUACUUUAUCCACCUGAUGCUUUUCCUUCCUAUAAGUGAGAAGAUAUCCUACCCUUC